UCAAUAGAGAAUGCCCACUUUUUCGCUGUGGCUGCCAGCGGGCUCUAAUAAUGUACACCCGUGCGGUGAUCCGUAUGCUCACCACCUAUUCAUGCGUUGUCUGUACCACGCAAAACACGAUCCAACGAUGAAAUUCGAUGUGAAAACCACAAAUGUGAACAAGACAAGUCAAGAGUUCAAAAACACUGGACUCCGUCGUAUGCCUGGAAUUAGUGCUGAAGAGAGCGGAGAGACGCAGACAUUCGAGACGGAGGACGAUAUUUUGGACUUUUUGGAGUACUUGAAGCCCGAGAGAGGUGAUGAUGAAGAAGCGGAGAAUGCCACGUGUGAUUUGUUCCGACAAUUCGCCAGAUUCGUGAAGGAUGUCGAGCAUAGGGAUACGGCUUUCAACACGGAACUCCUUCGUCUCGACAAGUAUCUCUCCGAACAAGAAACCAAAUUUCUGAUCUCCGAUGACGUCACGCAUAUUGAUUGCCUGGUCCUGACGAGAUUGCACUCGAUCCGUGUUGCCGCAAAAAUGCUGAAAAACUAUGAAAUUCCAGCCGAUUUAUCGCAUGUACUCGACUAUCUGAAAGCCGGUUACGCGACUGAAAUGUUUCGAGUUUCGUGUCCAUCCGAUCAGGAAAUUGUUCUUCACUGGACAGAGCUCAAGGAUACGCCCCGCUUGUCGGCUAAAGACCGAGCUAAACUGGUCCGCGAAGAGCCGGUAUUUUCAUUUUCCGUCUGAUUUUCCUAAUAAUCGAAGGCUCUAAUAAAAUGCUUCUU